GUUGAGCUUCAUCAGCUGGGGUAAACCACAGAGCCUAGCAUCCUAUCCUUGCUCUCUCCUGUUGGGGGCGAAUUUAAUUGAUCCCAUCAAACCGCGACCACCCCUGAGGUGGAUUCCCCUUAAUUCAUAACGCUGUGCAUUUCGGGCCGUAAUUGCAUCUCUUUGCCCGGGUCGGCAUACACAUACUGUAUGUUUUUUUUCCUCCCGAACACUGUAAAUCAAGGAUAAACCUGCCGGAAUCCAAGUGAAACCGGAGUAAGUAGGCUAUUUCCUGCAUUGUUGUGGAAGCAGCUCGGAGGAGGGAAUGGAUGCAAGCGAGCAGAGGCGCACCGAGGGAGCUUUCUGACAGACCCCGCUCCUCUGUGAUGCAGUUGUUAAUGCUGGCUGUGAAAAAACCCUGAACACCCCGACGACUGCUUUUAAAACGCUAACGGGCGAGAAAUCGGCGGCUAUUUGUUUUUUUUAUUGUGCACGUGUUGGGUUCGUAUACGAAGAGCUGGGAAAGCCAUGUAGUCAUGUAGGCUACUCUGCCGUACACAGAGAAUGAAUAUAGCGCCGCUAUGAUUUUCUCUAUCAGAUUUCCCUGUUUUUCUCGCAGAUUCAUGUGAUCUGUUUUUUGCAGACCUGUCCGGUGCUUUUGCUUUUUUAUUUUGAGCGUGUAAGCCAAAUAUCAACUCGGUAAUAUCACAGAAGUAUGCAAGGAGCGUUGGCAUCUAUCCAUGCGCGCUCCACACCGGGCUAUUUAUGAUGGAACUGUGACCCCAGCCCAGCCUUCAUUCAUCUAAACUCAUCCCGGGGACCUAAUGGCUCUCAAAACGGACUCGGAGGACAUGGACUACAAGGAGCCGGCUCCUAUUGAAGAUUUCGCCAGCAGGUCCACGCUGCAUGGCAUCUCGCACAUGUUCACUUAUGAGCGGAUGUGUAUCAAGCGCAUCCUGUGGAUUUUGUUCUUCUUGAGCUCCGUGGGUAUGUUGGUGAUGGUGUGUGUGGACCGGGUGCAGUAUUACUUCCAGUACCCCCAUGUCACCAAGCUGGACGAGCUGGCGGCUUCCACGAUGGUGUUCCCCUCUGUCACCUUCUGCAACCUCAACUCCUUCCGCUUCAGCCGGGUGACGCGCAACGACCUGUACCACGCUGGGGAGCUCCUGGCCAUGCUCAACGGCAGGUAUGAGAUCCGGGACCCGCACAUGGUGGAGGAAAAUGUCCUGCAGAUCCUGAAAGAGAGGGCCGACUUUGACAACUAUAAGCCCCGGCCCUUCAACAUGCGCGAAUUCUACGACCGAACGGGCCACGAUAUUAAGGACAUGCUGCUCUCCUGCUACUACCGAGGCUCUGAGUGUAGUGCUGAAGACUUCAAAGUGAUAUUUACACGCUAUGGGAAGUGCUACACCUUUAAUUCAGGCCAAGAUGGACGACCCCUAAUGCUGACGAUGAAAGGUGGGAUGGGCAACGGCCUGGAACUGAUGUUGGAUAUCCAGCAGGAUGAAUACUUGCCUGUAUGGGGAGAGACUGACGAGACGUCGUUUGAAGCAGGUAUCAAAGUUCAGAUCCACACCCAGGACGAGCCGCCAUUCAUAGACCAGCUGGGCUUUGGAGUGGCGCCAGGGUUUCAGACUUUUGUCUCCUGUCAAGAACAACGGCUGACGUACCUGCCUCCACCGUGGGGGGACUGCAAGGCCACACCGAUGGACUCAGACUUCUUCAACACCUACAGCAUCACGGCCUGCCGGAUUGACUGUGAGACACGAUACCUGGUGGAGAACUGCAACUGCAGGAUGGUCCACAUGCCAGGAGAUGCCCCAUACUGCACCCCGGAGCAGUACAAGGAGUGUGCAGAUCCUGCCUUGGACUUUCUUGUUGAGAGAGACAAUGACUACUGUGUGUGCGAAACACCGUGCAACAUGACGCGCUACGGUAAAGAGAUGUCCUUUGUCAAGAUACCAAGCAAAGCAUCAGCCAAGUACCUCGCCAAGAAAUUCAACAAGACAGAGCAGUACAUAUCUGAUAACAUUAUGGUUCUGGAUAUCUUCUUUGAAGCACUGAACUACGAAACCAUUGAACAAAAGAAAGCCUAUGAAUUGGCAGGCCUUCUGGGUGAUAUUGGAGGUCAGAUGGGUCUCUUCAUCGGAGCCAGCAUCCUCACUAUUCUGGAACUCUUUGACUAUCUGUAUGAGGUGAUCAAGUAUAAGCUGUGCCGAUGCGCCAAGAAGAAACACAAAGGCCCCACCAACAAUGACCGGGGAGCUGUGCUGAGCCUGGAUGAUGUAAAACGCCAUGCUCCUUGUGAGAACCUGCGUACACCAUCAACAUAUCCUGGCAACAUGCUACCUCAUCACCCGGGCCAGGGCAACUUUGAAGACUUCACUUGCUGAGCAGAUACCCAUAUGAAGCAUCCAAGUGUGUGUUAUGCAACCAAAGCCAACCAUACAACAAGAACGAUCCAGCACAGGGAGUGUGAGGAACUGAUACGAAGUCUAACAGAGACACUUUUUACAUACAAAAGGAGUAAAGCGGACAAAUCAAAUACGACAAAGAACUGUCACCCGAGGCCAGGUUGGGAGGAUAUCCCAAAUAUAAAAAAUAUCUGUCAAUUUUCCAGAGAACAUUUCAUGCAGCACUCUGAACUCUUCUAUCUCUGUGUUUUCCUCUGGAAUACUGCCGCAAAGGAUGCUCAUGAAGGAACCUUGCCAACACGGACCUCUCUUUCAAAAGACAA